CAAGACACCACACAGCACGCAGGGGCGAACGCGGGGCAAGUACGGCCAGGCAUCGGGACAGCCACGCAUUAGGCAGCAAGGUCCAUACAAGCACUCAAGGAAUCAAGUGCUCUGUCAAUUCGUGGCAAACUUCAGUGCAUCACACACGGGCCUCCUUAUCAGCAUCCCACGACUUUCGCCCUUUAUCCUUGCCAGGCUUCUAUAUAUCACACCAUCACGGCGGCCUCUUCCUUGAGCUAGCAUCGGUGAGCAGUGAGGUCAAUGCCUUACUCGACCUACCGUCCGCAUCACACCGACAAGGACGAAUGGCAGGUCAAUAGCGUCGACUAUCGAGUCAGCCGCAGGAACGCACUCUUUGAACAAUUGAGAUCGGAUAGCUACGAGACCCGUGCCCAGGCCCUAGCACAACUCCUCGCGAAUGUCGAGUCUUGGACCAGGUUGGCAUAUGACAGCCGAUCGGGUCUCAAUGGCCUUGGACUUUCUACAUCACCUAACGGCUUCUCAAACAACAUGUAUGCAGACUACAGCAUGUACGGACCUGAGGCCCGAAGUGACUCGCCCAAAAUUGAUAAGAUUGCCCUGCAAGAAGCUCUCAAAACCUAUCUGGUCCUCAUAUUGCGCGCAAGCAUCGAUUGCCCCUUUGCAGAUGUACGGCGCAAAUGUCGCUACAUUCUCUAUCGCGUGUCAAAGCUCUCUGCGCCUCGGCCUGGUAGCUUCUCCAUCGCCAGUCAGUCUGUCAAGAGCAGUCUCGGUAGGUCGCAUGCAAUCUUAUCAUCUAGCUUUCUCUCCGAAGAAAGCGACAGCAGUCAGCUCGAUGGCCCUUCUGAUCAACUAGACAGUCGGUCAGCACAAAGCCCGUCGCUUGCGGCUGCGGGCGGUUUCGAGACACAACGCCGCGCGAGCCCGUCGUUGCGACAACUACAUAUCAGCUGCUACCAAGCAAGUGGUCGCAUCACCAACCUCGGCCGUAUCUUGUCGUACUUUCCAAGAUUCUACGAAACGACCAUCAUGCUGCAUGACGAGCUGAUUCGCAAGACCGGUACACCCUUGCAACGCGUCACCAGGCUCUACCUGUGCUUGAUGGCCGCUGCUGAGUCCAAAAGCCAAUAUCACAUCUCUUACUAUACGUACAAGUAUCUGCAGCUUGGCGAACACCUUGAAUGGCUCGAAGGGAUCGAUAAGGCACCGCGUCGUGUUCAAAAGCUAGCCAUUGUCAACUCCAUCUUGGCGCAUCAACCUUGGAAGACGACAAGAGCGCAUAUCCAAGAUUUGCUGGGCAGAUCCAAAGAUGCGGUCCAUACAUCUGAUCAGUGGACUAUGGGCGAGCUGUGCCAGGCUAUGUGCAUCUUGACGGUUGUUCAUUCGCAGGCUCGAUUUGUGCUCGGUUGCGGCGUUGUGCCUGAGCCGGACACUUUUGGUGGCGCGUGCAUCAGAAAAGCGACAAGGAAUCAACAUACACUGGAUCUUGGAGAACAGCGAGAUGGGUUGAAUGUCGUGCCGCUCUUCAUGACAAGUCCGCAUGCGUACGCUUCCAAGACAACCCUCACUAGCAUGAUGGCUAUCCCGACAGUCGUGGACUUUAGUCGUCGGUUGAGCAAUGGAAGCGAGGGCGAGUCUAUGCCUAGUCUAUUGAGGAAGCGACGCCUCAGCGUCGGUGGCCAACAUCAAAACCAGCAAAGUGAAGAAAAUUCAAGCACGGCCAAGAUACCCGUCAAUCCAAUCCUGGAAGACAUGUCACGCUACUGCAGGCCAGAAGGUGAUAUUUCAGACGAGACAUUUGACAUCACAUCCGACGAAUAUUCAAUCUUGGACUUAUCGGAGUUCAACUGGGAAGACCGUUGUUGUCCAUUGAUCGGCAGGAUCGUACCAGGUCUGGAAAGGAUCUUGGAGCAGACACUGACGGAGGCUCAAGAAGCUGCUGGUGAAAUGGAUGAGGGUUUCUUGUUCUCUGACAGCCAUGGGCCCGUUGACCAACGACCCUUGCGCGAAGCAGUCUGGAACUUUGUGCUUCGCCUCUAUGGAGUGCAUCAAGACGGAUACCGCUAUCAGGAUGUCAACCUUCUGCUUAACAAAUCUGCUCGACGAUUUUUGAAGAAGGUGUGCUUCAAUGCUGUGGCUGUCAGUCGUCAUGAUUGGGCGACUGUGGGGAAAGGGUUGACUGACCCGGAAAAGGUCUUGUUGACAUUAUUGGCAUCGCAUGCACGGCUGAGUGCCAGCUUACUGUAUGCCUUCCGAUAUUGUGAUUGA